CUUCGCCAAGGCUCCCAAGCGCCCGCGCAACGCUCGGUAGGGUAUAUAUUGUAUCAGCCUCAGGACCCUUUCCCGCUUCUUCCUCUUCGCUUCUUCACGCACCGAGCAGGCAAAUUCUACACGCUUUUGGUCAUCAACUGUCCAAACCCGUCAAGUUCUCUAGUGUGGUCUUCAUUGGCUGUCCGGCUUCUUUCGUCCGAAUGAGGCUGGCAGGCGAGGGAGUCAUCCUCGAGAACUUCGCAGCUCCGACAUCACAUGGUCCUUGUGUGUGAAUCAAGCGUCAAACCCAGAAAACCUAUCACGCUCUUUACUCCAGUCAUAGGUUCUUCAGCCGUUCUUUCUUCCUCUUCCCACCCCGUUCGUUGAUUUCAGAGUACUCGACAAUCGUUUUCCCAUGCGCUCUUUCGACAAGAUGUUCAAACGAUCAUUUAAUACCCGCGAUGGUCGCAUCAUCAAGUCGAAACCCAUCAAGAAUACUUAUCCCGAACAUGUGAAGAGAAAGAUGCAGGACACAGUGGACGAAGGCUCGGCGGUGGCAAGUACACUGACGAGUCCCAUCGUUACUCUCGUGGUGGGUCAUGAACAGCGUCUUUUCGCCGCUCAUGAAGACGUCCUCUGUCAUUCCGCCUACUUCGCUUCCGCCUUGAAAGGCAACUUUCUGGAUGGCGGCUCGAAGCGAGUGGAACUGCCCGACGAAGAACCUGAAAUCCUGUCCUGUGUGCUUGAGUUUCUGUACAAGGGUGACUACUAUCCACGCUUGCUGCACAACAAGCGCCGAAACACUUGGGAUCUCGAGGAUGCAGUGCAGGAUCUGAAAAAUGGUGGUCGCGGAAACGCCGCUUCGACAAUCUUCAUUCCUGACGUGGGCGAUAUCCUCCGAGAUACCGUCAUCUACUGCGCUGCCGACAAGUAUGGCCUGGAGGAACUGAAACUCCUUGCUCUUCGCAAGCAAGGCCUACAGUCCGGAAUCCAGGUCGACGUGAUCUUACGAUCUGCUCGGUACGCGUACCAGAACACGCCGGACACCGAAUCGCGCCUCCGCGCUCAUUACCUUGCUCUGAUCAUUCGAAGUCGCAAGACUUUCAAGAGGAGUGGAACCAUGCAGAAGGAAAUGGAGCAUGGGGGCAAAUUGUUUUUCGACCUCUUUGUGGCCAUGUGCAACCACAUCGACGACAUUGUCGAGAUCAGCAACAGCCGUUCUCCCAAGGUCAUCUGAGUGGUUUCGCCCAUACCACCGAGACAGGAUCGACAUUGGUGCUGACGUAGGAGAGUAAAUGUUGUUUCUGGCAGAUUGUGUUUGGAACAGGGUUGAACAAGUCACCGACGGACGUGCGACUGGGUUCAACAAGAAUAGAAAACUUGCUUUGAUAGCAUUUUUUCUUUUUUGCAUCAACUCCGCUUCUCUCGAGGUUUGGCCGCCAACUUAACCAAAUGGUUCAUCGAAACCCUACUCUUUCUAAUGAGUCCACAGCCUUUCAUUAGGGUGUGUGACUGGCGCAAUCUGCCUUCUUUCGGCUCUUUUUUGGAACAAUGGUCAAAACUACACACAUAGUUUGCGACUACAAUUCGCAACUCCUUUGUUUGUAUCGAUUAGUUUCUCGACUCGACGUCGACCGUUCUGCUGAUAUAUGGGGAAACUGCCUUUUCAUUUCUGGUCUUGAUGAUUCGGAGAUGGAAAGACCUCUUGUGAUCAGAUAUAGGAAUUUGAGAUAUUCAGCCACCUCUA